GUCCGCCGUCCGCCGUCGCUGUCCACCACCAGAUUUUAAUCCCUCCGCCGGAAGUCCACCUUCAUUACCCAACAUCUGUUAUAAGAAGACUGCGUCAUCAAGUCUAUUAUCAAUGUCAGAAGGUGAUUUGGCCGUCAUGAAACCAGAGACCAUGAAGUCCUACAUCUGGCUUCAAACUGCUGAUGGUUCAAUCCAGCAAGUGGAACAAGAGGUUGCAAUGUUCUGUCCCAUGAUAUGUCAAGAGGUAAUACAGAAAGGUGUUGGAUCUUCUAAGAAUCAUGCAAUAUCGCUUCCACAACGAGUUAAUCCAGCUAUGUUCAGCUUGAUUCUUGAUUACUGCAGAUUUCAUCAACUGCCUGGACGUUCAAAUAAGGAACGAAAAACUUAUGAUGAAAGAUUCAUUAGAAUGGACACAAAAAGGCUCUGUGAGUUGACCUCAGCCGCUGAUAGUUUGCAGCUGAAGCCUUUGGUUGAUCUUACUAGUCGCGCACUUGCAAGAAUCAUUGAAGGAAAAACCCCUGAGGAGAUACGAGAAAUAUUUCAUUUGCCUGAUGACCUUACUGAGGAGGAGAAAUUAGAGCCUCUGAAGAACACAAUGGAUGAUCCACGGAUUCGACUACUGAAUAGAUUAUAUGCAAAGAAAAGAAAGGAGCUGAAAGAAAGAGAGAGAUUGAAGAAUGUUGAGGUUGAAGAACACGUGGACGAACGUUCUGUGGAUGACUUGUUAUCAUUUAUUAACGGCAGAGAUCCCAAGGUGGUAAAGAUGUCAAAAGGAAAAAAGAAGAAGAAGAAAAAAAAGGAUCAGAAGAUUGUUUCUUCAAAUGACAUUCAUGACAAGGAAUCACAUGAUCUGUAUUCCAAACAACAAUAUGUUGAAGAGACUGGGUCCAGCAUGAGAGAGGUACCCAACUUACCUAGUGCAGAAGAUGACAUUUCUACGCCAAAGGCCGGGUCUGAAGAUGAAGAUAUAGACGAUGAAAUCGAUCCAGCCAUGAGGGAAUUGCUUGAUAGAGAGGUAGAAGAUUUUGCUCAAAGACUGAACUCCAACUGGGUUCGGUCGCUAGGAAAAGAAAGAAGGCCUGUACACUUCUCCAUAAAUGGCAACGGGACUACAAGACGGCAUACAGGUCAAUCUCCAUGACACGAUUGGAGCUGAAAAUGGAACAGUUUUGGUUAAGUAUGUGAGCAAAUAGAAAGAAAAAGAGAAUGGUUCACCAGUCAGUCACCACCGGCGUUUGAUGCGUGUCCUCAUGUAACAAUUUUGAUUUUGAUUGUUUUACUUUCUUCUAGUGAUCCAUCUUUUUCUUUGUAAAACCACGUUUAAUUAGUUGUUAGAAUCUAGUUCUACGAUAGCUUUUUUUGUGUGUUUAGGUUCCAUUGUUUUAGCAUCAGAAAUUAAUCAUACACACUCUGAUAUCACCAUUGCGAGUGUAAUAAAUGGUUUUAAGUUCC